GGGAAGUGGGGGGGGGGAGGGGGAGUGACUUGCUCUGAGUGGUACAUGUGAAGACAGGACAUGAACUCCCAGUUUACUGCCCAUUGGCCUUGUCACCUGGGCUUUAGGCAGAUGAAUCUGGUUUUUCGCCAGCUGAAUUAAAGGGAAAUGCAGCUGGAGUUGGAAGACUAGACAAGGGGUUCUGGUAAGAAUCGAGGUAUGGUUAAGGUACAAGAUUCUAAAGCAGAUCAGUGGUGGGAGGAAUGGCCAGACAGGGAAGAAUUGAAAAGACCCUAAGGAAAGAGUCAGAACAGGAUUUGGUGACUGAUAACGCGGCUUGUCCGUGCACUUCGAGGGUGGAGUUGUCCUGGUGUGGAGCUGCUGUUAUCUCUGCUUUCCCCAUUCUCUCGUAGAGGGAGAGCGGGUGGACAGCUAGGCCAGGGUCCAGAAGGUUAGCGGCCUGGCCCGGCAGGAUGAGGACAGUUGGGUCAGGGGAGGUCGGUGGAGAGGCAGGCCGGCCAGGAGGGGCAGAGUGUAAGGGCUAUGUGGCCACUGAGCCCCCCCAAAGGCUGCCUUCUGGGGGCUUACCACAUUGAUGUCAUAGAUCAGCGAUGAGCUCACAGCUGCCUCUCCCCCAGGUGCCUGCAGUCCAUACUAGAGCACACACUUUCCUCCCUCCCCCAACAUACCUCCACCAAAGAGCUAAAAGCCAGGCAGCUCCAGGCACCAUUUGGUCCCUCUUAGGUGGGAAGCCAAAAGAGGGAGGAGGGCCUCCCCCUUCCCCUCCCCCUCCCCCUCCCCCUUCCUUUUUCCCUCCCCACCAUUUUCCCAGUCUCUCCUCUCCCUAACCUGCAGCUGACCAAUGGAAUCCGAAGCGGAGAAAACCUUUCACCUCUUUGCCGCCUUUGGGGAUUCUUCCUCCAGUGGCAGUAACCUCAACAACCAGAACUUUGUCAAGCUGUGUAAGGACUGCGGCAUCAUAGAUGGCAAGGCAAUCACCCCCACUGAUGUGGAUAUUGUGUUCAGCAAAGUCAAGGAGAAGAAUGUCCGAACCAUCGAUUGGGGUCGGUUCCAGACAGCGAUUAAGGAGCUGGGUCAAAAAAAAUUCCAUGGAAAAAGCCCAGAAGAGGCAUUGCAGAGUAUGUUUGCCCUCAUGAGGAACAAGGGUCCAAUUGCUUCAGGAGUGACUAAAGCAGUGACAGUGGGAGGCGUGGAUCGUUUGACAGACCCCAGCAAGUAUACAGGCUCCCACAAGGAUCGUUUUGAUGAAGCUGGUAAAGGGAAGGGUAAAGCAGGGCGGGAGGACAUCAACACUGGCUACGUGAGUGGUUACAAAGGUGCUGGCACCUAUGACAAGAAGAAAAAAUAGAGGCCUGGCUUGCCCUUAAUAGGGAAUGGGGCAUAGGGAGAGAGUGAGCCUCCCUGUUUCCCUUCCAUCUUCAACUUCAUCUCCUUAGCUCUUACUCCAUCACCACCAGGGAGACAAUAAACAUCUGUGUGUGCAGCA